AUGGAAUACCACCAAAAGUCCGCGCGCCUGCCGCGCAUCGCGGAGGAAAAAGAGAAGUGGCAGCGCGCGAUUGUCAUCCUUGAGCACUGCCCCUUGCAGAGCAUCCAGACGGAGCGGGGGUUUGAGCUGCUGAGCGAGCGGCACCGCGCCUACCACGCGCGGCAUCAACAGGAUCCGGCGGAGUGGCGCCCCGACGUCGUCCACCAAUGCCUCCUCCACCUGCAGGACUCCCCUCUCAAUCGCGCGGGCAAGCUGGAGGUGUUUUUGCGCACGAAAAAAGGCGUUUGCAUCGCCGUCGACCCGCGGCUCCGCGUACCGCGGCAUAUGCGGCUUUUCGAGAAGAUGAUGGUCUCCCUUCUCUUCCGGAUGAAGGUGCGCUCGAGCACGGGGUACCUCUCCCUGCUGCGGGUGGUGCGGAACCCCAUCGGGGACCACAUCCCCGCCAACACCGUGUUCUACCGCGUCGAGCGGGAUGGGGAGGAGGUGGAGGUGUUCGAUUUCUGCGCCUCCCUCGCCCGCGGGGGCGCGCGAAACCCCCAUGAGGGCGACGACGCGAAGAAACCAACCGCCGCGGCCUCAAGCGACGAGGCCGGGAGCGCCCCCUUCGCGCAGGCGCAUCGCGAGGCCGUCGCCGCGCGCCGCUUUCGCCCUUUUGCGUUCAUCAUCGGCGGGAUGUCAAAGGGCGACGUCGACGUCGACUACGCGCCGAAAGCGCAGGUGCGGAGCGUCCGUCUGGGGGAUCGCGGGAUGUCCGCCGCGGCGGUCGUGAGCGAACUGCUGCACGGUCUGGAGGAGGAAUGGCUGCGCGAGGAUAAUGAAGCGGGCUAG